AUGUUGUUACAUUACAUUAUAGCCCACUAAAUGUUCAAUACACCGACACCUGCAGAAGACAUCUUAGCAGAAGUUUUAUUUUGUUCAUCCACUCAUUCCAUUGCUUUCUAACUUCCACUGCUGCAAUUAGAUCUCAGUUCAUCGCUUUCUCAGUAACAACGCGGAAACAGAAAGGAAAAGCACGAAAGAAUCAAAGCAGGGGAAGAUCAGGGCGAGAAAUGUCACGCCGAUCUGGGUCUUGCCUGAGGUGUUGUCUCGUGAUUUUCGCCGUAGUUUCUGCUUUGGCUGUUUGUGGGCCGGCCUUGUAUUGGCGAUUCAAGAAGGCUUUGCUAUUGGGAGAUUCCAAAACCUCCUGCGCUCCUUGCAUCUGCGAUUGUCCGCCCCCCUUAUCCCUUUUGAAGAUUGCUCCUGGUCUGUCCAAUCUCUCUGUCACAGACUGUGGGAGUAACGACCCAGAUCUCAAGCAGGAGAUGGAAAAACAAUUUGUGGAUCUUUUAACAGAGGAAUUGAAGCUUCAAGAAGCCGUUUCUGGUGAACAUACUCGCCAUAUGAACAUCACGUUAUUCGAGGCGAAAAGGGUAGCUUCUCAGUAUCAGAGGGAGGCUGAAAAGUGCAUUGCUGCAACCGAAACUUGUGAAGAGGCCCGAGAACGCGCCGAGGCUUUGACGAUCAAGGAAAGGAAGCUUACGUUGUUGUGGGAGCGACGAGCUCACCAAAUGGGUUGGGUUGAGAAAUAAGUCUAUAAUUUCAAAGGCCACCCUCUUAGUUCAACUAGUCGUCGAGUCGAGUAGAAGUUGGCAAGCGAAUUGCUUGGUUCAUCAAUCUUUCAAGGCAUGAUGUUCUUCUCUCUUUUCUUCUGUUGCACUUUUCCUGGAAACCUGUCGAUUCUACAUCAUAAUUCAUACAUGACAUGUUACGGACCCCGUUCUUCUGCAUUUGCUAUAUAUAUGUGUGAUCGUCUCCUCUCGAACAGUAACCACGUGACUUAUUAUCUAGGUGUUUCUGAUUCGUUCACGAACUUGAAUAGAAAAAACUAUGUUGUUGUUCUA